UGCCAGUUCCACGUCAACAUAUAUAUAGUAUCUUCCUUUGAGGGUCCUCUUGGUGUCUUGCCUAUUAGGAAAAAACAAGAACAACAAUUUAUUCACGGAGGAGAAUCAGACUCAGUUUUGUAUGAUGAUGCAUGAAGCAAUCCGUCGUCUCUGUAAAAGCCGAUUAGCCGUCCUUAUUUUCGGGAUUGUCAUUGGAGGAUGUGUGUCACACAUCUUAAGAUUCCCAGAGGUUUCUGACGCCAAAAUAUCUCACCGGAACGACGCCGAUGGUUUGAAGGAAAGUGUCAACAGGCUUUUGCAGGCCUAUGAAGCUCCGGUGAAGUCCAUACAGAACUUCAAUUCCGAAGACGCCCAAUGGUUGAAAGGAAGACUCCCAACCGCUGGGCAGCCAAGAAAGAUCUUACUCGACUGCGGUGCCAAUGUGGCGUCCACUGUACAAUUAUUUAGAGAGACCUACCCGGGAGGAAAGGACUUCAUCAUACACUCCUUUGAAAUAGACGAGAGACUGGCGCCAUACUUCGCUUCGUACCCGAAUCACGUGCUGCACUGUCCAACAGGGGUAUCGAACAAGGACGGAAACAUGACAGCUUACCUUGAGUCCGUCUGGUCACCGGCUAAGGACAGAGAGUUGCAGUGGGGCGGCGGUACACUCUUCGCUUGGGAAUCGGAGAAAGCAAACACUGAGACGGGCGGCCGCCGGAAAUUGACUCUUCACCGGACAGUGCCGACAGUCGACCUGUCCCGAUGGAUUCAGGAGAACACCGCGGUGGAAGACUACGUUAUAUUCAAGCUUGACGUUGAGGGGGCAGAGUACGACAUCUUAAAGAAGAUGCUUGCAGACGGGACCUUUAAAUGGGUGGACAAGUAUUACGGGGAGUUUCACCAAAAUCAACCUGUCACAGGCUGGGAUAAAGAAGAGAUGGCCAAACUUGAGUCAGAUGUAGAGAAAAAAGGCAAACAUAUGCUGCGCUGGAUAGCCGAGAAGAGAGUAUACGAUGAUAUGCACGCCAUGCACCCGCCAUUGAUACCCGAAAGUUUUGUCGGCUCUUCAGGCACGGUCUACUCUGGCUGCCAUGCUGAAAUCUCCAGCAGCAAACCCCGCCUAACACUAGCUGUUCUUGUCGGCAUGAACGCCAAGGCGGCACACAAGUUGGUAGCGACAAUAGCGGCUCACUCCAGCAGGAUGCCGGUUACGCUCUUUCUGUAUGGAGACUUCGUGGAAGCGUUUCCUCAACUGGUGAAAGAAUGGUCUGAAACAUUUACAAUAGGCAUGCGCGAGAGCCAACCAUUUCCGCUGGGAGACUUCACGCAACAGGCAUUAAGCUGGAUCCGGGUUGGUCUGGUCAGUGCAAUACAGCGACUGAGUGAAGUGGGCCUACAACCGGCCUAUUACUGUCCCGAAAACAUAACAGAAACGUUGAUAAAAGUAGCCAAGUCUCAGAGCCUGAGGAUCAUCCAACCGACAGCUCGCUUCCCCCCAACCGAUGAGCCAUGGCGUCUAUCUUUUGAAAACUACUACAAAAACAAAGAUGUAGAUAGGAUUCCCAAAGCCCUUCGCGUCAUCGCCCAACAACUGGACAACAAGGGAGGCAUCGUUACUCUGGACUCGGACCACCCAGACAGUUACAUGAUCUCCGUCUUCCUCAUGGACUAUCUGGUUCAGACAUCUGGUUACAAUCUAGUUAGUAUUGCCGAGUGUCUAAAGUUGCCUUAUUCACCGUAGCUGCUAAAUCUAGAAAAGAAAAUGAAUUUCUUGGCAUCUUUCAUUAAUACUUGUCAAUCAUAGCGGUUACACUGGAAUCACUUUAUUUCAUAACCCCAUUUAUUAUCAGAAGCUGAAACCAUAUUGUGCUUGUAUAAGUGAUUUGCUUUUUAUAUUAACCCCCAAACACCCGAACUUUUAUGCGACUAAAAUGAGCGAACGGGGUCAACAUUGAACCCAUUAUGUCUCUUUCAAAACAAUGGACAAUUGACAAUUGUUGAAAAAUGCUCAAAAUAAUACUAAAUGUUCGUUGGGGGAUGAGGGAUAUAAGGGGUUCUACAUGGGGGAUAUAAGGAAACUUUAAAAGCAAAUUUUAAGCAAUUUAUCACAUUUUAUUUCAAAAGUUCAUUAGUAAGUACCUUUCAAAAUCAAUUGUGUACAUUCACUUUGUGCUUAAUGGUAUAAAUGCUAUGUCAGGGCAUACCAACCUUCGCUCAACCGUGACGGUGGGUGGUACCGACUUCCGACGAACAUGAUGAACACGAGAUGAUUACUAAAAUAAAAUCAAACAAACUUUUGUACCAGGUACAAUGUAUUGCAAAUUCUUCAGAUGUAGAACAUAUCAGGGUAAUAUCUACGCUAUAGACGGUCUAAGUUUUAACGCAAAAAACGCCCCUGAGACGUAAAUCAUAACCUCUGAGACACACUAACUCACAAGAAGGUUUAAAUGUUUUUUUUCGUCAUCAUAUAAGACAAAUGAUGUAAUAGACGUAUUUUUUAAGCUUCCUAACUUUUAGGAGAUUUGGUAUUUCUUCAAUAAUAAUACCACCUUAAAAAAUAUAGACAUUUACCAUUUUGAUCCAUAGCUAAAUGUAUAAGUACAAUUAUAUGCAAUUUCUCUCGGUUAUUACAUCGUCGAUUUUGUGUUUAUCAUUUUGCUUAUUAUUGACGCAUAAACCUUAUGUUUUAAUUAAAAUAAUAAUAAUUCUACUUACAACAAAUAGCAUGAUAUUACAAUCAUCUACUAUGAUAUUACAAUAUCUUUAACUAAUUCUUAAACUAAUGUAUUAUAAUCUAUUAUUAAUAUCACAAUAUCUUUAACUAAUUCUUAAACCAAUGUACAAUAAUCAUCAUUAAGAUCAAUCAGUAGUUUAUCUGGUGUACCUUUACAUAUGACUAUUGAAUGUAAAAAUAGAUGAUUUAAUGCCGUUUUUAUAGUAAGACAACCUUGUCUUGUACGGCUGUACCAGUAUAUUACAUAUUAACAUGCAGUACGCUCGACAUCAUUGGUUCUGUAAAGUCCCAAGUUUAACGUUAAAAAUAUUUCGGAAUAUAUAAUUUGCCUAUUGACGUAUUUACUGCAAUAACUGAAGUGACGUAUCCAUAAAACACAAGCAAGAUAAACAGAAAGCUGUCUUAACAAUAGUUACAUUAAUGAAAGUUAGGGGUGACACUAAUGCAAUAUACUAAAUCUAAUAAAGAAUUACAGUUUGCAGUAUAUAAACUUUAGCAUAAAAGCAGUACGUUUCUAAAUUUUAGCUUUCUUAAUAUUAAGAUGAUAUGAAAUGGUAUUUUGCAGGUAUUACAAGUAGUGGUGAACAUGUAUUCAAUGAAUUGGUAAAGAUUACCAAAGUAAAGUCAAACUUUAUUGCACAACAAUCUUAGGCAAAUGGAAAUUUUUCAGAAGUAGUGCAUAUCAGGGUAAUAUCAAUGCUAACGUCUACAGUACUGCUGAUGUGUUCGAUAUAAUUAUCAUAUCAAGACUAACACUACACUAGAGCAUAGGUAAUACAAUAUGAAUAGAAACCAUAAUUCACAUGAGUUCUAUGUAACUUAAGACUAGAUACUACGCUAUUUUGUAUAGGAUACAGUAUGAAUGAUUUAGGAAAUUGGCUAUAGGAUUUAAUGCAUCAUUUCAUUGUGUUAAAUUUAAUGUUUCUUUUGAGUAAAGCUUGAUAAAAUAUUGACUUA